AACGGCGUCUUUAUUUUUGUGCACAGCGCGCCCCCUGGUGGUGGUGAUUUGUUCACGCCGUAAAAACGUCUCUGGCAGCCCCUCCCUCCCUCUGCCUGCCUCCCUCUCUGCUCGCCGCACUGAUGCUGAUAUUUCUCUCCAGCAUCACCAGCGGAGAGGAGGAGGUGGUGGAGGAGGAAGGAGAGGCUGUGCCAGGUGGAUACCGGGACCUCUAUGGAUAUCCUCAUCAUCCCCCUCCGCCGGCUCGCAACCUCAGCACCGUCUCUGCACCUCCCUCCCUGCGGGCUGCCGCGCCGAGACGCUGCAUUUCAGCGGCGCACGCAGCCCCAGUCCUCUAUUGUUGUUACCCAGAAACACCGCUUCCUCUUGUAGCGGGGACUAACCGAGGGACAGACCCCGCUGGAAGAAGAAGAGCGGAGCGCCGGUGUCCUCCAUUGAUGGGCGCUCUCCUCAUCGAUUCAGACCUUAGAGGAGGACAAAUCCAAUCAAAAACCUGACCGCGAGCCAGCAGGGUUUCGGGCGCGAUGGCCAAUGCCUCCCCAGACCUGGACAACGCAGAAGCCCAGCGCCAGCUCAACAACAACAACAGACCAAACAGCUCGGGAUUCUGGGAGGCUGAGUGUACGAGCUCCAAGCUGUUUGAAUGCUCCCGCAUCAAGGCCCUCGCAGAUGAAAGAGAUGCAGUCCAGAAGAAGACUUUUACUAAGUGGGUCAACUCUCAUUUGGCCAGAGUGAACUGUCGCAUAUCUGACCUCUACAACGACCUGAAGGAUGGCUACAUGCUCACCAGACUGCUGGAGGUCCUCAGUGGAGAGUUGCUGCCAAGACCCACGCGAGGCCGCAUGCGGAUCCACUGCCUGGAGAACGUGGACAAAGCCCUGCAGUUUCUCAAAGAGCAGAGGGUUCACCUGGAAAACGUGGGCUCCCACGACAUCGUGGAUGGAAACCACCGCCUCACCUUGGGCCUCAUCUGGACUAUCAUCCUGCGCUUCCAGAUCCAAGUGAUCAAAAUUGCGACAGAGGACAACAGAGAGACCCGCUCCGCCAAGGAUGCGCUGCUGCUUUGGUGCCAGAUGAAGACUGCAGGGUACUCUGAGGUCAACAUCCAGAACUUCACCACCUGCUGGAGAGAUGGCCUGGCUUUUAACGCCCUCAUUCACAGACACCGACCCGACCUAAUAGAGUUCCACAAGCUGACGCGCUCCAAUGCAACCCACAACCUGCAGCAAGCCUUCAACGUUGCUGAGCAGCACCUGGGCCUCACCAAACUGCUGGACCCAGAGGAUGUGAACACAGAGAAUCCAGAUGAGAAGUCCAUCAUUACUUAUGUGGUCUCCUACUACCACUACUUCUCCAAGAUGAAGGCUCUUAUUGUUGAGGGGAAGAGAGUUGGCAAGGUUCUUGAUAAAUGCAUAGAGGCGGAAAAGGUCAUCAGCCGCUACGAGGCUUUGGCCUCAGACCUGCUGGACUGGAUCGAGAAGACCAUCGCAAUCAUCAGCAACCAGAAGUUUGCCAACUCGCUGACUGGAGUGCAGCAGCAGCUGCAGGCUUUCACCACAUACUGCACUAUAGAGAAGCCCAUCAAGUUCCAGGAAAAGGGGAAUCUUGAGGUCCUUCUCUUCACCAUCCAAAGCAAACUCAGAGCCAACAACCAGAAACCGUAUGUGCCUCAUGAAGGGAAGCUGAUCUCUGACAUCAACAAGGCAUGGGAGAGACUGGAGAAGGCGGAGCAUGAGAGGGGCGUGGCUCUGCGCAAAGAGCUGAUUCGCCAGGAGAAGCUUGAACUUUUGGCUCAACGUUUUGAUCACAAAACCACCAUGAGGCAAGCGUGGCUCAACGAGAACCAGAGGCUGGUGUCGCAGGACAAUUUCGGCUACGAUCUGCCGGCAGUCGAAGCCGCCAUGAAGAAGCACGAGGCCAUUGAGGCUGACAUCGCCUCGUAUGAAGAGCGGAUCGGUGUGGUCGUGGAGCUCGCCGCAGAGAUGGAAGUGGAGGGGUACUACGACAUUCGGCGUAUCCUGGCACGCAAAGAGAACAUCCUGGGCCAGUGGAGUCUGCUGAAGGAGCUGGUGGCUGGCAGGAGGGCCCGGCUGGAACAGAACCUGGCCCUGCAGAAGACCUUCCAGGACAUGGUGUACAUGAUCGACUGGAUGGAGGACGCACAGGCUCAGCUGUUGUCCAAGGACUUUGGGAAGCAUCUCCUGGAGGUGGAUGACCUCCUGCAGAAACACAGCCUUCAGGAGGCCGACAUCUCCGUCCAGGCUGAAAGAGUGGAGACGCUCAACGCCGCGGCGCUCAAGUUCACCACCAUGGAGGGUUACCAGCCAUGCGACCCGCAGAUCAUCUGUAACCGCGUCAACCACGUCUCUUCCUGCCUGGAGGACCUGAAACAUCUGGCUGCCGACAGACGCUCUGAGCUCGAGGAGUCCAGACAACUCUGGGCCUUCUUUCAGGAGCUGGAAGAAUCGGAAGCAUGGAUCCGUGAGAAGAGCUCCAUCCUGGCCUCUCAGGGCUUCGGCAGAGACCUGAGCAGCGUUCUGAAGUUACUUCAGAAACACAAGACUCUGGCCGGAGAGCUGCUGGCUCACCGUUCGCUGCUGCAGAACACCAUGAAGCGAGGGAAGCAGAUUCUGAGCGAGAAGAGCUUUGGCACGACCGGCAUCCAGGAGCGAAUCCUGGAGGUCAAAGACGAGUGGAAGAAGCUGGAGGACCAGGCCGCGCAGCACCUCAGCCACCUGCAGGAGGCGCUCACCUUCUUCCAGUUUUCCACAGAAAUGGACGACCUGGUGGCCUGGCUGCAGGACGCUUACCGCCUAGUCUCCAGCGAGGAUUUUGGUCACGAUGAGUACUCCACGCAGUCGCUGCUGAAAAAGCACAGAGGGGUCACCGAGGCCAUCGACAAACAUCGCCUCCAUGUGGUGGCGCUGCGCAAACACAUGGGGGUUCUGCCUCUGCAGUACCGGGAGCAGGAGGAGGUGCAGGUGCGCAUGGCGGAGGUGGAGCAGCUGUACACAGAGGUAGCUGAUGUGGCCGUGCUCCGACAGCAGUGGCUUCACGACGCGCUCGCCGUCUACCACAUGUUCAGCGAGGUUAACGCCUGCGAGCUGUGGAUCGACGAGAGGGAGCAGUGGCUGGACAAGAUGGAGAUCCCGGAGAAACUGGAGGACGUGGAGGUGGUGGCACACAGGUUUGAGAGCCUGGACCAGGAGAUGAACAGCCUGAUGGGACGGAUCCUGGAUGUUAACCAGAUCGUCCAGCAGCUCCUGGAUGGAGGUCACCCAUCCUCUGCAGAAGUCAGGGGGUGUCAGGACCACCUCAACUCCAGGUGGAACAGCAUCGUGGAGCUGGUGGAGCAGAAGAAAGACCAGCUGGACUCCAUGCUGCGUCUGCAGAAUUACCUGCUGGAGUGCGCUGAGAUCAAGUCCCAGAUCCAGGAGAAGAAGAAAGCCAUCGACGCCACUCAGUACAUGGGCAGUGACUUAGGAGGGGUCCUCGCUCUGCAGAGGCGUCUGUCCACCAUGGAAGGAGCCUUGGCCGUCCUGGAGCCCAAACUCCUACAUCUACAGGAGGAGGCGGAGCAUCUGGCCACAGCGCAUUCAGGCCGAGCCAUGGAGAUCCUCGUACCCUUUGACGGCAUCAGUGUGGAGUGGGAGGAGCUAAAGCAGACUCUGCAGGGUUGUGAGGACUCACUGAUGGUGGCCAGCAGGCUGCAGAGCUUCAUACAGGACCUGGACUCCUUUCUCACCUGGCUGGUCCAGACUCAGACGGCUGCUGCCUCCGACCAGCUGCCCAACGACCUGGAAGAGGCAGAGAAACUCAUCAACAAACACGCUGCUCUCAAGGAGGAGAUAGGACGAUACGAGGAAGACUAUGAGCGGCUUCAGGCCAUGAAUGAGCUGCUGGAGUCUGAGGAUGCUCCUCUGCCUCAAGCUGCUCUGCAGCAGUGGCUCCAGAAGCUGGAUGUGGGCUGGAACAAGCUCCUGGAGAUGUGGGAAAGCAGGAGAGAAGUUCUGGUCCAGGCCCACAUUUUUCAUCUGUUCCUUCGAGACGUCAAACAGGCAGAGUCCUUCCUCAACAACCAGGAGUCAGCCCUCGCUCAUGUGGAGCUCCCCACCACCGUGGAAACGGUGGAAGCUGCCAUUAAAAAACACAAGGACUUCACCACCACCAUGGAGCUGAACCUCCACAGGAUCAAAGCCGUGAUCGAGGCAGGAGAAAGCCUGAUCAGCCAGAACAACAUCUACUCUGAUCGCAUCAGGGAGCGCAUCGACACGCUGGCCAAGAGGGGGAACCAGAACAGACACCUGGCCCAAAAGUGGCUGGAAAAGUUGAAUGACCAGUGGGAGCUGCAGAGGCUUCUCCAGGAUUGUCAUGAGCUGGGCGACUGGGUGAACGAGAAGAUGCUGAUGGCGAGGGACAGCAGCCGAGACGAGACCCAAAAUCUUCAUAAGAAGUGGCUGAAGCACCAGGCCUUCAUGGCAGAGCUGGCCCAAAACAAGGAAUGGCUGGACAAAAUAGAAAAGGAGGGUCAGAAGCUGAUCCAGGAGAAGCCGGAGCUGAGCCCGGUGGUCCGGAGGAAGCUGGAGGAGAUCCGGGAGUGCUGGCAGGACCUGGAGAGCACCACUCAGGCCAAAGCUCGCCAGCUCUUCGAAGCCAACAAGGCAGACCUGCUGGUGCAGAGUUACGAAAGCCUCCACCAGAGACUGGGACAGCUAGAAGGUCAGCUGGCCUACGUGGACCAGGGUCAGGACCUCACCACAGUCAACAAGCAGCUCAAGAAACUGCAGACUCUGGAAGGCCAAAUGGAGGAGUGGUAUCAGGAGGUGGGCCAGCUUCAGGCGCAGGCAGCCUCCAUCCCGCAGCAGACGCCGGUCAAGCAGACGGUUGCCGAGCGACAGACCGCCGUAGAGACCAGGAUGUUGCGUUUGAUCGAACCUCUUAAAGAGAGACGACGAAUUCUUCUGGCGUCAAAGGAAGUUCACCAAGUUGGACGAGACUUGGAGGAUGAGAUUCUGUGGGUGCAGGAGCGCCUCCCGCUGGCCACGUCUCAGGAGCACGGGUCCACUCUGCAGGCCGUCCAGCAGCUCAUGAAGAAGAACCAGUCCCUCCAGAGGGAGCUGCAGAGCCACCGUAGCAGGAUGGAGGAGGUCCUGGAACAGGCGGGGAUCAUCGCCUCCAUCCGAAGCCCCGCGGCAGACUGCAUCCGGGCCGGCCAGGAUCAGCUGGCCCAGCUGUGGGCGCUGCUCUGGACCGAGACGGAGAGGAGGCAGCUGCUCCUGGACACCAUGUACCAAGUGCAGCAGUAUUACCUGGACACGGCGGAGGUGGAGGCCUGGCUGAGCGAGCAGGAGCUGCACAUGAUGAACGAGGAGAAGGGAAAGGACGAACCCAGCACUCUGCAGCUGCUGAAGAAACAUUUGGUCCUGGAGCAAACCAUUGAGGACUACGCAGAGACCAUUGGCCUGCUGUCACAGCAGUGCCGCCAGCUGCUGGAGAUGGGACACCCCGAAAGCGAACAGAUCAGCAAGCGGCAGUCGCAGAUCGACCGUCUGUACGUGUCUCUGAAGGACCUGGUGGAGGAGAGGAAGAGCCGGCUGGAGCAGCAGUACUGGCUCUACCAGCUCAACAGGGAGGUGGAUGAGCUGGAGCAGUGGAUCGCUCAGAGAGAAGUGGUCGCCAGUUCGCCUGAACUUGGUCAAGACUUUGAGCACGUGACUGUCCUGCAGGAGAAGUUCACAGAGUUUGCGUCGGAAACAGGAAGUGUGGGGCAGGAACGAGUCACGGCCAUCAAUCAGAUGGUGGAUGAGCUCAUCGACUACGGACACUCGGAGGCGGCCACAAUAGCCGAGUGGAAAGACGGGGUGAACGAGUCCUGGGCCGACCUGCUGGAGCUCAUGGAGACUCGUGCGCAGAUGCUGGCGGCCUCACACCAGCUGCACAAGUUCUUCUCAGACUGCAGAGAGGUUUUGGCUCAGAUUCAGGACAAACAAAAGAGGCUGCCGGAGGUUCGAGCUCGGCAGGGCAGCACUUCAAACACCAGCACCCUGCAGAGACUCCUGCACAGCUUCGAGCAGGACAUCCAGCUGCUGGUCACACAGGUGCGUCAGCUGCAGGAGAGCGCCGCCCAGCUGAGAACGGUGUACGCGGGCGAGAAGGCCGACGCCAUCGCCUGCUGCGAGCACGAGGUGAUGCACAGCUGGAAGGAGCUGCUGACGUCCUGCGAGGAGUGUCGCCUGCAGAUCACCACCGAGACGGACAAGCUGCGCUUCUUCAGCAUGGUCCGGGACCAGAUCAUGUGGAUGGACUCCAUCCUCUGCCAGAUAGGCACAGGAGAAAAACCCCGGGACGUGUCCUCAGUGGAGGUCCUUAUGAACGAUCACCAAAGCCUGAAGAGCGAAGUGGAAGCUCGCAGCCAGAGCGUCCUGGAGUGUAUCGAGAUGGGAAAGAUGCUGCUGGCUGCUCGGAACCCCGCCGCUGAGGAGAUCAAGGAGAAGCUGGACAAGGUCAUCGCCAAGCAGCGUGAGCUCACGGAGAAGUGGGACAAGCACUGGGAGUUCCUGAAGCAACUGUUGGAGGUUCACCAGUUCGCUCAGGAGGCGGUGGUGGCGGAGGCGUGGCUGACGGCCCACGAGCCGUUCAUCAACAGCAAAGAGCUCGGUGAGAGCGUGGACGAGGUGGAGCAGCUCAUCCGGCGCCACGAGGCCUUUCGCAAAGCUGCCGCCACCUGGGAGGAGCGAUUCAGCUCACUGCGGCGCCUCACCACGGUGGAGAAGCUAAAGGCGGAGCAAGGUAAACUGCCCUCCACCCCUCUGCUGGGCCGAAAAGUCUUCCUCGACCCCCAAGAUGCUUUAGCCAGUCCCUCAACCCUCCCUCGCCUCCCCGUCUCCCCCGUCAUAAGACAGACCAUCUAUGAACAGAACGAAGCCAGCUCUCCACCCUCACCUUCACCUGCCACUCCCACCCCCUCCCCUUCAUCUGCAGCGCGGCGGCUGGGGUCGACCGUCGCCAACUACACCCCUGUGAUGAACAGCUCCGGUUACCGCCACACCCUGGAGGUCCAGCAUGGCGGCGUGGUGGGCGUGGCUGCGGGACUCGGUCAGCCAGCUGCCUCAUCCAUCGCAUCCGUUGCCACGGCAGCCAUGUUAGUGUCGGCCAAUCAGGCACGAGAAUCUGCCGGCAGCUUGAGAGAUCAGGCCGCCAAGGUAAUGAGUCACCUCCAACCGGUCCAGGCAGGGCGGGAUCUGGAGGCCAGGUCGUCCCCGUAUCUACGGCAACCCAAAAUCAAACACUUGGAUGACGCGGUGACGCCGCUGAUCGUGGCCAGCCGGCUGGAGAAAGUGAGGGAGAGGGGAAGGGAGCGGGACACCAUGACAGGGGAGACGGGGGCAGAUAGGCCGGAGGUGGCAGUGAUGGCUGAGGUGGUGCUCCAGGAGCGCGGCCGGGAGCGCCUGCACAGUGAGCCCACCAGGGGGUCCCGGGGAUCCAGACCUGACCCCAUGGGCCACGCUGAGCCGCAGGCCCAAACGCACUUACAGCAGCGAGGCCACAGGAUGGAGCGGCAGCUGUCCAGUGAGCAGCUGAUCCAAGCCCGGCGGGAUGAACUUCCUCAGGAGGUUUGGAGGGAACAGGCGGAGCGCCGCGACAGACGCACACUAGAGAGGCAAACGUCGAGCGAGCACGAGGGCCACGGGGGCCACGAGGGCCGGCGGAGGGAGAGAGACCGCCACCGACUGGACAGACAGGACUCCAGUGAGCACGACACCGGGAGGGAACAGUCAGACAGGCGCUCCGGAGGAGGAGAAAAGAGAACCACCAUGGCAGAUAUUGUAGAGCAGCUGCAAGAAAGAGAGGCAGCACAGGCUCGCGGCGAGGUCCCCCGCCUGCCCAAUGGUUUCCCAGAGAAGACUUCCCGUCCAGACCGGCCUCGAGCGCGGGACAGACCCAAGCCCAGACGAAGGCCGCGACCCAAAGAGCCAGGAGAGACCACGCGGCGGUCUAGGUCCGCGCCAGCCCAGAGCAGCCCGGCGGUCCCGCAGCCUCCAACGCACACAGCACACCAUGAGGGGUUCCUCUUCCGCAAGCUGGACAUCGAGAGCCUGAAGAAGAGUACAAACAGCAGAUCGUGGGUCAACCUGUACUGUGUGCUGAACAAGGGGGAGCUGGGAUUCUACAAGGACGCCAAGAACACGACGACGCCCUACAACAACGAGCCGAUGCUCAGCCUCUCCCACUGCCAGUGCGACGUCACCAACGGCUACAAGAAGAAGAAGAACGUCUUCACCCUGAAGACGAAGGAUGGCAGUGAGUUUCUGUUUCAUGCGAAAGAUGAGGACGACCUGAAGACGUGGGUGACCAACAUCACCGCCAGUAUUUCAGAGCACGAGGAGAUUGCCAAAUGGGGUCAGCCCCAACCAACUACCUCAUCCACCGACGAGGGGACGCGGCGAGACGGCGGCAGCAAGGCGGAUAACAGGUCGGAGCGGGGGGCCGAGAAAGAGAAAGAAAGAGGAGAACGGUCAGAGAAGUCUGAGCGAGGCGGGAAGUCGGACGUAAAACGCUCUGGUAAGAAGAAGUGAGCGUCACGCGUCCGCUGGGAUCGAACUCUGAAGGGAGUCGGGGGGCCGCGGACAGCCGGCAGGUAUGCCCCCCCCCCUCGGCACCACCAAUGGGAUGGACCCGCUCACAGGAGGAGCAGGAGGCCUUUGUCGUCUUUCUUUCUCUUUUCUGUUUUUGCCAGAAUACGCAGACUGACUGACGCCCCCUGGUGGCGGAUUCCCAGUACUACAGACGGAGGAGUUUCGACAUGCACUUCAUCAGUUCAAAGCUGGUUGCUUUCUGAACCGUUGCUCAAUCUGUUCCAUGUUGGUUCUCCUCUGGGAUGAGCCGAGUCUGUAUGUAGCCGUUUGUGAGUCCUUUAAUCCUCGGCCAUCCAAGAGUUCAGUCAGAGCAACACGGUACACUUCCCCUCCUCUUCAUCCCAUCUGCCGUUAACAUUCUGAACAGGUCCUGGUUCAGCAGCUCUGGCAGGAGCUCUGUGCACCUGCAGGGGCUGAUGGGUAGUUUUUGUCUGGAAGAUGUCUUCACGUCGCUCCGUUUUGAGCCUCAUUCGUUCAGUUUUGGUGAAAUUUUAUUUAAAAUCAAAUUUUCUCCCCAAAAAAUCGCUUUAGUCAUGAAGCACAAACUCUUUCCCCGUCACACCGUUCAUGAACGAGGCUUCAUGGGAUCUUUUCUUUUCUCAAAUAGAAGUUUUCCCCCAUUUGUUGCAUCAUUUCCUUUUUAUUGGAACAUCUGGCAGCAGCUCCCAGAGUCUCCGUAGCUCUCAGGUUCUUCAUGUGGCCGUGUGCUCCGUGUGUCCGUCCCCUCCAAAGUCACUUCAGUCUUCCAGAAACCUUCGGCUUCAUUCACAUCCUGCAGCUCCUUCUGCCCCCGCCCCGCCCCUGAACCCGGUGCCAGCAGGGUCAGUUCCACCCCCGGACUCCGAGAUGAGUCGGAACGCGAGGGCAGACAUAUAUUUACAGCGGAGAAUGCAUGUUUUUGCUUGAAGAGGAUUCACUUGUUGGGAUGCCUGCAGCUCAGAGACUCUGCAUCGACACUUGUGUUUGAUUUCCUGUUAACUCACCACAAAGCCAUAAAAUACAAGAAGAAGAAGAAGAAGAAAGGAGCUGGAUGAGGAUUGGCAGAGGCGUCUGGAGUGGAGGCUGAUGGGAAAAAACCCGUUUUCACUGCACGUCUGAUUCCCAACGUUCUUAUUUCUCCCUGAUUUCUAUCCUGCGUUAGGAACGUCAGCAGCUGCGUUUCCACUGACCAUGAAAAUUGCGCAAAUGAUUGGAUUUGCGAUAAUAAAUGGAAACAGGACGAUUUAAAAAAAACUCGCAUUUAUCCAAAAGAAAAGUUUUUGUACUUGGAGGUGGUAGCUUGACAUAUUUCUCAACACUGCGCUGGAAACAUUUUUUUUUCUAAUUAAAUGAGUCAUGUGACCGACAACCGGAUGGCGAUGCGCUUCUGGGUAGGAACCGGCUGCACAGCGGGCGCCACCAGAGGUCCCACAGUGUCACAGAUCAUCAAAAGUUGGGCGUGUCGUGCAGAAUUGUUGGAUCCACAGCUCCUCUGUAGAAUCUCCAACCAACAUUUCCCAUGUGAUCCGUAGCCCCUCCCACAUGUAAGGAGCCCGCCGCUCCACAACUCCUUUGAUCGAUUAUGACGAGCGCCAGCGCCGUGGCAGAAAUGUGAAUGUGUCUGCUGUCAAUCAAAGUCCUGUUCCGUGUUUCUGAAUGACUCGCCGCGUUUAUUGUCUCUCUUCGCAUAAUUAGGAUUUAAUGGUUUAAUGGUUUGUUUCAACAUUUCUAGAAUGUUGAUCAAGUUUGGCGUUUUUGUGUCAUGGAAAUGCAGCUACUGGUUCUCUGAUGCUUUCGGACGUUUUUGUGUCAUUUUAAUCAAAAUAUCAGCCCAACAGAUCGAUUUGAAAUAUUUAAAUAUCUUUUUGACUUCCUUUGUUUUCCUUUGAUUUUUUUUUGUCUAAUUUCUCUUUGCUUUUCUAAACACGUCAGUUCUGUUCAACUGUUGGAUUUUUCCCUCAUUUGAAAACCAUCAGUAGCUACCAGAACCAUGUGGAGCAGAUCUAACCUUUAGUUUUUUUAGUCCAGUUGUUUGCAUUUCUUCUCGUUCAUCUCCGUAGAAACAAACACUAGAUGGCAGCAGAGCAGCUUUUGCUUCAGAAGCAGGAGGAUAACAGCAAUCUGCGCCAACAUUCUGCACAAUUCCAGGCUAAUUUUACGUCUUUUUGAGACGAAGAACAAUUUUUCGUCGUGAACUGACAACACUUUUGUCAUCAGAGUUCGGGUCACGGUUUUGUUUCGGUUUGAUUUGUGUUUUACAAAACAAAAAAACAUUUAAUUUGCUUAUAAGUAACAAUGAAGAAAACCUUUUAGGCAGAUUUUGGUCAGUUUCAAACAGGAAGCCACGCCCCCCCCCCCCCCCCCUCGCUGCUGUAAAGCUGCUGAGACUCAGACUUGCGUGCUUUUAACCCGUUAGGAUAAAACUUGGCCCCCUGUAAAUAUUUAUUUGUAUUAAUAAAAUCAGACAUUUUCCCCCUUUGAUGAAAGACAGGAUGAAGGACGAGGACGACAGACGGGCGGGAUUUACUCCUGAGACUUAAAGCAACAAGUUACUUGUUUGACUGCGCGCUGGUGUAGUGGUUAGCCUCACAGCGAGAAGUCCCAAGAUCAAACCCAGACUGUGCAUAUUUUCUCCGGACGCUCCAGCUUCGUCCCACAGACCGAAAACCGGCUGCAGAGGUCAUUGUCUCUAAGGCGACCCUGAAUCCCGCCUUCACCUGAUGGGAUAGGCUCCAGCAUCCCAGUGAACCCCGAAUGGAAUACGUCGGGUUUAGAAAACGAAUGAAUGGAUGGACGUUAAACAAAGGGCAACUUCCAGAGUGAAGCCUGUGUGAAAAGCAACUGGAGCUAGACCAAAAUGACCUUUGAACUCCCUAAAUAAGGGGAAAUGAUCCACUUUCACCAGAGCAAAUACCGGAUUCAAAUACGUUUUGGUGUUUAAACUUAAAAUCUAUCAUUAUUGUUGUUUAUCAUUAAUUCGUUUUACUUUUGCAUAGUUUUCUAUAUUCCUCAUAUUUUACAAAACAGCUCUGAACUGCCUCUUUUUUGAUUGAUAGGUGAGCAUCAGCCGUACGGUCUCACAAACUGCUCGGGCUGAAAAGUCCAGUUUUAGACUUAAAAAGAUAGGAACCUUAAAUCAGCUCAACGCCAGGCGGAGGGUCACAUGACUGCAGCGGUUCUCCUUUGAUUAUUAUUCGACGCCUUUUGCUCUUCAUCACAUUUAGCAUCGUGGGAAUUUAUCAGGAAUCAAAGCGGUUACUUUCAUCGUCUCCAGAGCAAAUCGGUGAAUAAAAUAAUUCCUGUUUUUAUAAAAACAACUUUAAAUCAAUGUAUUCAACUUCUUUUAACAGCAACAUUUAACUCUGAUCCUUUUUUUUUAACUUAUUUUCUGUUGUUUUUAUCCUCCUGACUACCACCAAUGCAAAUCUGUGUUCUGUAAAGAACACUUCUACAACGGAAAAUCUCCCACAUCAAUUUGGGGCUUUUUAAUGAUACCAGAUGUGAUGGGUUGGGGCAUUCUGGGAUAUGUAGUUUUUGAUGGAUUUUUAAAAAAUUGACUGGACUUUUUUUUUCUCUGGUAGUCAGGAGAAUAUGAAUGUAACUCUGGAUUAUUAUUGGAUGUGAUGUUGUAGGAACUGGAGCCAUUACUGGUCUGCUUCACAUCGGUUCACAAACUAACUUCAGAUCCUUUUGUUGGUUUUAAACAUCGUCUCAUUUUUUCAUUUGCUUUUUCUCAAGGAGAUUUUAACGUCACGAGUCAAAGUAGCAGAUUUUUUAUUCUUUAAAGGAAAAUUAGAAGAUUCGUCAGAUUUUCUGUGUUCAGAUUCGAUCAAAGUUCAAGGACUUGAUGGUUUGAACGUUUGGCUCCGUUUCUGUUGAGAAUCAGAUGUUUUUGUGGAAACGUUUGGGGUUGUUGUUGUUUUUCCCAGACGAGCAGCUUUGAAAUGAAACCUUUUAAGUUUGGGAUUCAUUCAGACCUCCACCUCCAUUUCUGACCCGCUGCAGCUUCAUCUCCAGAACCGCUGGAUUCCUGCAGAGCGUGUGCGGGCUGGAGCCGUUCAGGGAUUUACGCUGGUGGGGAUUCUGUCCACGGUAGCCUUGAGACUUUAUGCAACUUUUUCUUUGCACUUUGGCCGUCAGCAGAGCCGAAACCCGGCGCCCCGCGGCGCUUCGGAUCCGACGGGGGGCAGGACCGCAGAUGGAGAAGAAACGGGCCACAGCGCUCAUUCACACUGCCCGAAAUGACCCCGAUGACGUGGUCAAAAGGGCUCAGAAGACUGUUCCAGAACCGUCCAGAACUGCACGAUCGACCCAGGAACAUUUGGACUAAACCCCACCAACAUGGACACAUGAGAACGCAGACGAUGAAUCUGGAUUCAACCCCCAAACGCUGGAGGAUCCGCGCUGUAGAGGAAGCACAAGGGUGGAGCGGGUUAAAGGUCAUGGAGCUGUCGGUCCAGAACCAACAGCCAAAGAUCAAACCCGUCAGAACUCUGAUCUGCUGCAUCCGCCCCCACACCCCCGAUCACACGGUUUCCUUCUUUUCCGCGGCGUAGACUUGUCGGGGUCAGAGGUUGCAUGAAGGAUGGCGUGGUCCAAACUGCUCUGCAUGUCUUCAAGUCUCAUCCCUCCACAGAUCAGUCACUGUAAGGGAGCGGGCGGUGGCGCCGAGAACAAACGCAACAAUAAUGUACAGAGGGAUUCGAACCAACAGCCAGCCUUGGGCUCUGUGAAGAUGUUCCUUUGAAUAAAUACAGAUUGUGAUAUCGGAAAGAG